AUGUCCUUCAAACCGCACCCGAAUGUGCCAUUACAUCCUGAUCCUUUUGUCUGUGACGAUUUGCCACUGACCCAUGAGGAAAACCGGGAAGUUCAAGCCGUAGAUGUUGACCGGCCGCUCUCUAAACGGAUGCUUCAUCCUCUUGAACGUCGUCCAAUGUCAGCUGAUUUGUCUACCGGUGAGGUAUUUAUUGAAGAACCGGUGGAAAGCAGAACGCCUGACGCCACACCUCCGGCUUUAAAUCAGAGUAAUGCAGCGGAAAUGGAGGAUCCUAAGGAGUCGGUCUUUGACAAAGAUGCUGAUAAGGACGAAAUAGCCAUUGCCUUGGAGAAAAGGACUCAACCUUUGUUGGAAUUAGUAUAUUCAGAAGAGAGCUAUGUGCGCAAAUUGCGUGUAGUUUAUGAACUCUACAUGCCUGCGGCCUAUAGAGCGUCCCCAAGUACAGCCGACAGCACGUCUCCCUCAAGCCCCAUGAUAAACAGCAGUACCACUGGAUUUGAAGAAUUGGCGAGUAAGCUGCCUCCAGGUGGGCCAAAUGUGCCCGAAGAUUUGGUGGCUCGUUGGAGGAUUCUUUGGGGUAACUGGCUUCAGCUCUACGAGUGGCAUACCGGAUUCUACGAAAAAAUGAAAACGUUGGUUAAGGAAGACCCCGAUAGAAUUCCCAAACUUUUAAUCGACUCUCGGGCCCGCCUCCGUUCUAUUUAUUCCAAGUAUUGUGAAAAUCAAAUAAAAGCGGCGCAUAUAGCUGAGCAGCACAAAGAGUUCUUCGACGAAUGGCGUUUACAUAUCUCGGAUAAGGAAGACGUCAUUUCUUUGUUAAUGCAGCCCGUCCAGCGAAUUAUGCGUUACCAGUUACCAAUUUCCGAAAUCGUCAAGUGGACAGAGAGGGCUCAUCUUCCGUCUUUGCCUCAAUGGCAAAAAGCUCAUGAAAUCAUGAAGGAGAUUCCGAAGGACACCCAACUUAUUCUAGAGUCCGACUCGAUGGGCGUUGUUGUGCCUGUCUUCAAGAAGGGUGAUGAGACAAAGUGCGAGAAAUACGAUGGCAUAAGCCUCAAUAACAUUGCUGUGAAGGUUUUCACUAUUUUUCUUAGCGGACGAUUCCAGUCUGUGCGUGGUUCUAGGACGGACCGAACUCACGUCGGAUCCCGAGUCGGGCGUGCGUGCGUGGAGCAGAUAUUCACACUGAGACGCAUUCUGUAA